AUGCCUGAUGAAGGGCGACCCCACGAAAGGACGAUCAUGGCCUGGCCGGGGAACCAAAACCGAAACUAUCAGGGAAAUGGUACCCUCGUGCGCAUGAAAAAUGAGUUAACGGCUAUCGCCAAAGCCAUCUCUGAUUUCGAGCCAGUGACUCUGCUAGUCAGCUCCGAACAGGCCUCCGAUGCGCGCAGAAGAUUUGAAAGAUGUGGCCAGUAUGGUGUGGAAAUCGAGGUCAUGGGCAUAAAUGACUUAGAGCCGUGGAUGCGUGACGUCGCGCCUACGUUCGUGUUUGGCGAGGAACAGCGUUCUGAUCUCAGUGGUGUCGAUUUCAAUUUCAACGGCUGGGGAGGACGUUAUCCGUCUGAUAAUGCACACCUUUCCCGCCAAUUCCUCCGUGAUAAUGGAAUCCCUCGUGUGGAUGCAUCGAUCGUACUCGAAGGCGGGGCUCUAGAAACGGACGGUAAAGGAACUUUGAUGGCCACAAAGAGUUCUAUUAUGAACCCAAACCGCAACCCCGGCAUGAGUCAAGAGGCUGUUGAGGAGGAAUUCCACCGGGUUUUAGGGGUAUCUAAAGUGAUUUGGGUGCCCGGAUUGAGGCAUCACGACGUGACCGAUGAUCACAUUGACGCCUUGGCCCGUUUCGUCGCCCCUGGAAAAGUCGUGUUGAGCCGUCCCGCUCCAGACAGUGGGGUUUGGACAACGGUUUAUAACGUGACCAAGCACAUCCUAUCCCAGGCCACUGAUGCGAAGGGUCAAACUCUGCAGAUAAUUGACUUGCCUGAGGCGGACACAAACGAAGUAGACAUGGUAGUGAGCUAUGUCAACUAUUACCUUGUGAACGGUGCAGUCAUUUGCCCACGGUUCGGAAGCUCUAAAACCGAUGAGAACGCCAAGAGGAUGCUCCAUAGCCUUUUCCCUGAGCGAGAGAUAGUCCAGGUCUACAUCCACGAGAUUGCACUCAAUGGCGGUGGCAUCCACUGCAUGACUCAACAGAUCCCUGCAUUGGAGACAUGA